CGGGAGCAGCGCCCCCGCGAGGCUCCCACCUGCAACUGCCGCGCUCGGCCUUUUGUUUCACUGCUCCUGCGUCGCCUAUCCCGGGAAACGAGAGGGGAUGCUUCGAGAUGAAGUUCAAUCCUUUCGUGACUUCUGACCGCAGCAAGAACCGCAAGAGACACUUCAACGCGCCCUCUCACAUUCGGCGGAAAAUCAUGUCGUCUCCUCUUUCCAAGGAGCUGAGACAAAAAUACAAUGUCCGCUCCAUGCCCAUCAGAAAGGAUGAUGAAGUCCAGGUGGUGCGGGGACACUACAAAGGUCAGCAGAUCGGCAAGGUGGUGCAGGUUUACAGGAAGAAGUACGUCAUCUACAUCGAGCGCGUCCAGCGGGAGAAGGCCAACGGCACAACCGUCCACGUGGGCAUCCACCCCAGCAAGGUGGUCAUCACCAGGCUAAAACUGGACAAAGAUCGCAAAAAGAUCCUUGAACGCAAGGCCAAGUCUCGCCAGGUUGGCAAGGAGAAGGGCAAAUACAAAGAAGAAACCAUUGAGAAGAUGCAAGAGUAAAAUGUUCUGCUGCGAUUGCGAUUAAACUCUCGAAGUGAA